AUGGCCAAGACCCUUGCUUUCGUAGCUCAUGAGGCAGGUUCAACAUUUACAGCAAACUCCAUUUUAUAUUCAGUCACAUGGAAGCUCAGAUCGCUGCUUUAUCUUCUAAGGGUUGCCGAAAUGUCUCGCGGAACCUCUAAUCUGAAAUAUCUCUCCAAUGCGCUUGCAACCCCGGAACAAUUGACGAGCUCUUCUUCAGCCAUCGAUGGUGUUCCGACUGAUUUGGAGACAUCUGUUCGCUUUGCCGGCACUCAGCUCACUCAGGCCGCUGGUGUUUUACUACGAUUGUCUCAGGACAUCAUCGCUCAGGCUAUCGUGACCUUCACCCGUUUCUGGCUGGGUCCAGAGGGAGGAAGUCUCCGGAUAUAUUCUGCAAAGGACGUCUCUGCCGCCGCCCUUUACUUGACAGCGAAGCUCUCAUUCCAACCGACUUCUCCGCGUUCUGUUUUGACUGUCUACGCGUUUCUUCUAGCAAAAGAGGCCUCUCCUCUAUGGUUCGUGAACCCGAAAGGAUCGCCGAAUGAACCCAUUCCUACGCGCUAUCACCUUACCGAAGGCGGAUACCAAUCCCAACGUCAAAUCCUCCUCCGUAUCGAGUCAGUUAUCUUACGCACACUGGGAUUCAAUACGCACGUGGCUUUACCUCACACCAUCACCCUAACCUACCUUCAGACGCUAGGUGUCUCUUCAACGGAGGUUGCACGAAGAGCCUUCGAGCAUCUCAACUCGAGCCUUCUCUCCCCGCAACUUCUUUUUGUCACGCAUCAGCCAAAUGCCCUUGCGGUAGCCUCCAUCUACUUAGCGGCGCGAGAGAGAGGAGUAAAACUUGUUGAUGGAGAGUGGUGGGAAGUGUUUGAUGUGGACCGGGAGGACCUUGGGUUCCUGGUUGUUGGAAUGCAGAGUAUGGAAGGGUUUGCGCGAGCAGAAAUGGAGAGGUGGAAGGGUCGCACCGUUCCGCUGGAUGUUGAAGAGGUAGAGGCUGAGAUUGAGCGGAGACAAAUGCUGGAAUCUGGAGAGUGA